AUGAGAGUAGUACAUGCAGGGAAAACUACUACUGACACUCCUCGAGGAGAAUUAAGGAUUGAUGAAGUUGCAAAACCGGAGGAUAAAAAUGUAGGAGAAGAUAAGGCUGAGAUUAGAGUGUCUCACAACAUUGUUUUUGUUACAUCUGAAGCUGCACCGUAUUCUAAGACCGGUGGACUUGCUGAUGUUUGUGGUUCUUUGCCAAUAGCGCUGGCAGGUCGUGGACAUCGAGUUAUGGUUAUCUCUCCUAGAUACCAACAUGGUAAUGCUGCAGAUAAGAAGUUUUCUAGUGCGGUUGAUCUUGAUAGAAAUAUCAAUGUAUUUUGCUUUGGUGCUGCUCAAGAAGUUGGUUUUUUUCAUGAGUACAGGGAAGGGGUUGAUUGGGUAUUUGUUGAUCACCCUUCAUUCCAUAGACCAGGGAAUCCUUAUGGGGACAAGAUUGGGACUUUUGUGGAUAAUCAGUUUCGGUUCACUUUACUUUCCCAUGCAGCAUGUGAAGCCCCAUUGGUGCUUCCAUUGGGAGGUUUCACUUAUGGAGAAAAAUGUAUAUUCCUCGUAAAUGAUUGGCAUGCCAGCCUGGUUUCAGUACUUUUGGCAGCCAAGUAUCGUCCAUAUGGGGUAUAUAAGGAUGCACGUAGUAUAUUAGUGAUUCACAAUAUUGCACACCAGGGAGUGGAACCUGCAAUUACAUAUAGCAAUUUGGGGCUGCCUCAUGAAUGGUAUGGGGCUCUAGGAUGGGUGUUCCCUACAUGGGCGAGAACGCAUGCUCUUGAUACAGGCGAAGCUGUCAAUUUUCUAAAAGGCGCCAUUGUUACAGCUGAUCGGAUAGUAACAGUAAGCAAGGGCUAUUCAUGGGAGAUAACAACUAAUGAAGGUGGAUUCGGUCUACAUGAAAUAUUACGCGAUAGAAAAAGUAUUCUCAGCGGAAUCACAAAUGGAAUUGAUGUUACUGAAUGGGACCCAUCAUCUGAUGAACAUCUUGCUAGCAACUACUCAGCUGAAGAUCUUUCUGGGAAGGUGAAAUGUAAAGUUGCCUUGCAGAAGGAAUUGGGUCUUCCAGUAAGGCCUGACUGUCCGAUGAUUGGAUUUGUUGGAAGACUUGAUUACCAGAAAGGUAUUGAGCUGAUUCGCCAGGCAACUCCAGAGCUUAUGAUAGAUGAUGUUCAGUUUGUUAUGCUUGGUUCAGGAAAUCCUAUUUAUGAAGAAUGGAUGAGAGCAACAGAGUCAAUUUAUAAAGAUAAAUUUCGUGGUUGGGUUGGAUUUAAUGUUCCAGUAUCUCAUAGAAUAACUGCAGGCUGUGAUAUACUGUUAAUGCCGUCAACAUUCGAGCCAUGUGGAUUAAAUCAGUUGUAUGCAAUGAGAUAUGGAACUAUACCAGUGGUUCAUGAAACUGGGGGACUAAGAGAUACAGUUCAAAAUUUUAAUCCAUUUGCCGUAGGAAGCAAUGCCGAAGGAUGCAAUGCUGAAGGCACAGGGUGGACGUUUACUCCGCUGACAAAGGAGAGCAUGUUAGUGGCUCUAAGAUACGCCAUUCAAACAUAUAACGAACACAAGUCUUCAUGGGAGGGAUUAAUGAAAAGAGGUAUGAUGAGAGAUUACACGUGGGAAAACGCUGCCACUCAAUACGAGCAAAUCAUUGAGUGGGCAUUCAUGGAUCCACCCUAUUGCUGA